CGGUCCGGCAGACAAGUCAGUGAGCACGGCACGCCCACAUGAGAUAAGGAUCUGAGUACCUACACCAUCACCACCAACCACCACAUCUUUAUAUCCUCAUCUCACCUCAAACCGGUCCUUUAAAAAGCCUCCUCCUUCGGGAGCAAAACAACACAAUCAAAAUGACCGGCACACCCCUCACCACCGCCCUCGAGCGCCACGCCAGCACCGUCACCCGCCUCUCCUCCCAAAUCUCCUCCUACUACGCCGCCCGCCUCCCCUACCGCAUCUUCCACGGCUCCACCAACUCGACCCGUCCGCCCACGCAAAAAGGCACCAACACCAAAUUCGUCGACAUUUCCUCUCUAAACAAUGUCCUCUCCGUCGACCGCGCCACCAAGACAGCCCUCGUCGAACCCAACGUGCCCAUGGACAAGCUCGUCGAAGCCACGCUGCCUCACGGCUUAGUCCCGCCCAUCGUCAUGGAAUUCCCCGGUAUCACUGCCGGUGGUGGAUUCGCCGGAACAGCAGGGGAGUCUAGUUCGUUUCGCCAUGGUUUUUUCGACGAUACCGUGCGGGAAGUGGAGAUGGUUUUGGGUAAUGGGGAGGUAGUCAAAGUGAAGAAUCCUGAUCUCGAGGCAGCGGCUGGGAAAACUGGAGAAGUGGAAAAAGGGGAUCUCUUCCGCGGAGCAGCCGGUGCCAACGACUACGUGGACGGGAUUUUGUUUAGCAAAGACCACGGCGUCAUCGUAACAGGCAAACUCGUCAACGAGUUACCUCCUCCCCCUUCCUCUGAUGUCCCACCAAUCAAACCCCAAACCUUCAGUGGACCAUGGGACCCCUGGUUCUACCUGCACUGCCAGUCCCAAACCCUUUCUCCCUCAACCACCACAAAUUCCCCGGUGGCGACCGACUACGUCCCCCUCGCCGAAUACCUCUUCCGCUACGACCGGGGUGGAUUCUGGGUCGGCGCCGCAGCCUUUCAAUACUUCAGCUGGGUUCCCUUCACGCGGCUCACGCGGUGGUUCCUCGACGACUUUCUGCACACACGCAUGAUGUACCGCGCUUUGCACGGGUCCGGCGAGUCCGCCCGUUUCGUCGUGCAAGACAUCGCCAUGCCGUUUGAGACCUCCGAGGAAUUCAUCGACUACACCUCUUCCUCUUUGGGAAUCUGGCCACUAUGGCUCUGCCCCUUGAAACGCCGCGCGCCCCCGACUUUUCAUCCGCAUACUACCCGUCCUGGCACUCACCCGUCUGACGAAAAGGCGCAAGAUAAAAUGAUGCUCAACAUUGGCGUCUGGGGCUGGGGUCCCGAUCAACCACAGGAGUUCGUAGCCAAGAACAUCGAAUUGGAGAACAAGGUAAAUGAGUUGGGUGGUAUGAAGUGGUUUUAUGCGCAUACGUAUUAUGAACAGGAAAAGUUCUGGAAGAUGUAUGGUGGACGGACGUGGUAUGAUGAGCUGAGAAAAAAGUAUCAUGCCGAGCACUUGCCGACGGUGUGGGACAAGAUCCAUGUGGAUGCGGAUAAGGCGGGCAAGAAGCAGCGGCAUUGGUUGUUGGCCAAGAAGCCGAUUGGGGGGUUUUAUGGGAUUUGGAAGAGUAUUCAGAGCAAGGAUUACUUUUUGCAUAGGAAGGCUCAGUGGAAGUGGAAGGGGGAGUGA